AUGAACGACAGAAUAGUGAUUAUUGGUGCCGGAUCGGCUGGCAUUGCGGCUGCUGCAAAACUAGUGCAACAUGGUUUUAAAAACUUGGAAAUUCUCGAAGCCAGCGAUAGGAUUGGAGGUCGUAUUCGAACAGUUCCGUUUGGUCAAAGUGUGGUCGAAUUGGGUGCUCAAUGGUGUCACGGAGCGAAGAACAACGCGGUGUAUGAAAUGGCAAACCCACACGGACACUUGGAAAAGUCUCGUUUCACCAACGGAAAUGUGAUGUUGUUUUCCGAUGGAACAAGAGUUCCCUCUGACCUGACGAAGCGACUUCAAACCCUUGCUGAUCAACUAAUGAGUGGACCGGAAAUUCAACAGUCUACAGAAACGUUAGGAGAUUAUUUUGUGAAUGCAUUUAAGCGAAAAAUUACUGAAUCUCGUGAUUUGAAUAGUAUUGAUGAAAACCUGGUCGAAAAAUUUAUAGUAUUUUAUCAUAAUUACCUAAAAGGUUAUCUGGCCAUCGAUUCUUGGCAAAAUUUAACCGCUGCUAAUUCCAUUGAUUAUGAAGAAUGUGAAGGAAUACUAAGAAUGAAUUGGAAGGGAAAAGGUUUUAUAACUAUACUCGAUUUACUAAUGAAACAGCAGACGACGCUUAAUGUUUACAAAAGUUUAUUGGACGGACAAAUCAAGUUUAAUCAAAAAGUUACACGUAUAACCGUUUCCUUAGGAGUUCUCAAGGAAAAAAUGCGAUCACUAUUCUUGCCAGAGCUUACCGAAUCAAAAUUGAACGCUAUUCAGGGGUUGCACUUUGGUACAGUCAAUAAAGCUUUUAUGGAAUUCGAAUAUCCAUUUUGGGAAAAGCAUGGUAAUGUGUUCCGUUUACUUUGGAACCAAGACAGUUUGGAGGAAGUACGAGCGUCACAAUACAAAUGGGUCGAAGGAGUAUCUUCGUUCUUUUGCGUUGAUAACAACCCAAAUGUUCUGGCUGCGUGGUUAGUGGGACAGGAAGGACUCAUGGCCGAGUAUCUAACGGAUGACGCAGUACAAGAAGGACUGUUAAUGAUUUUGAGAAAAUUCUUCACUGGAAUCGAUAUUCCAAAACCUAUCGGUUUUUUCAGGUCUACCUGGCACACCGAUCCAAACACCCUUGGUUCAUAUUCGAGCCGUUCAUUGCUAACGGAAAAGCUUUCCACCGGGGCAGCCGAUUUAUCCGAGCCUAUCGCAAAUCCAGCCGGGAAACCCGUAAUAUUGUUCGCCGGUGAAGCUACCAGCCCAAAUCAUUGGUCGACAGUCCACGGUGCCAUUGAGACCGGUUGGCGAGAGGCGGAUCGUAUAUUCAACUAUAUCACCUCUAAUGAGUUGCUGCACCCAAAAAUAUUAAUCAUCGGUGCGGGUGCUGCCGGUAUAGCUGCUGCCACACGGUUAUAUGAAGGCGGAUUUCGAGAUUUGACCAUUCUAGAGGCGGAAAACCGGAUCGGUGGAAGAAUUCAUACUAUACCGUACGGGGAAAAUGUUUUGGAUUGCGGAGCACAAUGGGUACAUUCCAAGACCGAUAAUAUUGUGUAUGACAUGGCAGCUAAGUAUGAUUUACUUGAGAUCAAUUCACACCGCGAGAAUGAACUGUGUAUAAAAUCCAAUGGAGAGGAAGUACCUUUAGAGUUAUCUAAUCAAAUUUUGGAUCUGCUUACAAGCUCUAAUGAAGAUGUUGAAAAACUGAAAUCGUACCAAAAAUCUUUGGGAGAUUAUUAUACGGAAUGCUUUCAGGAAGCGCUACAGAGUGGCAAAUUUGGACAUAUUGACACUCAAACGUGUUAUCAGGUGUUCGAUUUUUUCCGAAAAUAUCACACGACAUACAAUGCAGUGGAUAGCCUUUACGAAGUAUCUGCUCCCGGAUUGCUGGAGUUCACUGACUAUCAAGAUGAAUACCUUAUCAAUUGGAAGACAAGAGGAUUUAAAACAAUACUAGACAUUUUGAUGAAAUGCCUUCCGGAACAAAAAGCAACUCCGAUUCCGUUGGAGGACUUCACGCUGUUCAAUAAACAUGUUUCUCAAAUCCAUUAUGCUGCGAACCCGGAUCAUCCCGUGCGUGUCACAUGUUUGGACGGCAGUAGCUAUUUUGCUGAUCACGUGAUCAUUACAGUUUCGUUAGGAGUUCUAAAAGAAAUCCAUAAUACGCUGUUCAGCCCAAAACUACCUUUACUCAAAGUAAAUGCCAUAGAAGGCCUAUAUAUAGGAACAGUCGAUAAGAUGGUGCUGGAAUUCGAUACACCAUUCUGGCCAAACGGGUGGCGAGGUUUUGGCAUUUUAUGGAAUAAAGAAGAUUUAGAUAAGCUGCGUCAAACGGAUAAAAGAUGGACGGAAAGUAUUUGCAGUUUUUUCGUGCCAGAACAUCAACCCAAUAUGCUAGUGGGUUGGAUUUAUGGAAAAGAUGCCAGGACAAUGGAAGCACUUUCUGAGGAAAAGGUCAUUGAAGGACUGCUCUUUAUUUUACGUAAAUUUUUAAUCAGAUACUCUAUACCGGAGCCCAAAUCAUUCAAACGUACCACUUGGUACUCAAACAAGAAUUUUCGUGGAGCUUACACCAGCCGUUCGGUUGUUUCGGAUAUUUUGGACUGCAAGGCUGCUGACUUGGGGAUGCCCUUGUUCAAUGCGAAUGGCAAACCGGUGGUGCAGUUUGCCGGGGAAGCAACUCACCCGGAGUACUACUCAACGGUACAGGGCGCUAUCGGUAGUGGCUGGAGAGAAGCAGAUCGACUUGUAGAUUUAUAUAAAAACAAACAAAUGACUAUAAAGUACAGCAAACUUUAAAUGUUAGGCUGUGAAAAUAAAU